AUGACCGCUCUUGUAGUUGGUUUUGUUGUGACGCCUCUAGCUCAGUACUUUUUUGCUGAAGGCGGUGUCCAUGGUGCCAUGCCGGGAAUGGUUAUCGUGGCUUGGGUGCAGCUUGCAGUGCUGGUUGCUCUGGUAGUGCUUUUGCAAUCGACGCGACAAACGCUGGGCAAGCUCCGUAUAAGAGAAGCUCUGCAGCGGGAUGGCUUGAAAGAAUAUAUUGGCUUGGCAAUACCCAGUUCUCUCUUCGUCGCUGCUAAGGCGUCCGCGUUUGAUGUUGCCAUGUUGCUUUUGGCUACGCUUGGAACUUCGGAAGUGGCCGCGUACUCUGCAAUUCUCAGUAGCCUCUUUACGUUCGUCUCUAUUUCUGGGGGAACUAGCACAGCAGCUUCUGCUAGAAUAGGCUCGAGCCUGGGUGCAGCACUUCCAUUUUGUGCCUGGGGAUACGUUGUUGCCGCGGCCGCUUUUGCCCUAACUAUAUCCUCCUUGAAUGGAAUUAUUAUCUUUGUCUUUUUUGACAAUAUCCUUGGUCUAUUUGUAGUGGCCGAAACAUCAUUGGAAGUGUCACAUACUGUGCGUUGGAUAGUGCCACUUACACACAUUGUUGAUGGUACCCAGUACGUGUUUCAGGGUGUUUUCGGUGGAAUGGGGCAUAAAAAAAAGGUGCGAAUAUUUUAA